AUGGGAAAAGGGUUAAGGUCAAAAGUUAAGAGAAGGUUUAGAACUGUCAAAAGGGUUCACGUGAAUGAAGUAAUAGAAAAACCGAAUGUUAAAAAACUGCAUGAUAGAAUAAAACGAAUGCUUAAUAAUAAAAACAUAUAUGAAGAUUUAAUUAGACCACCAAAUAAAUUUUUAUAUCCAGAUGACGAAGAAGCAGUAAUACCCCAACAUAAAAUAGUAAAGAAUAUUGAUUUUAGAUCGGAAGCGUUACCAUUGUCAGGUUUUGCGACCACUGGAAACAGAAGAAAAUAUAGUGUUAAUGAAAAGUUGGAUAUAAAAAAUCAGUAUGGUAACAUUCCAAGCCUUCUUGGUAAUACAGAAAUUAACAAGUUAAUUAAUGAUAUGCAUAAGAGAUCAAAAGAGGUUAUGAACACAAUUGGGGAAAAGGCGGACUUUAGUGUAUAA